AUGGAGGAGGUGGCAGUGGUGGUAAAUGAAGAAGUGGUGGUGGUGAAGGCAGUGGUGAAUGAAGAAGAAUUAGAAAAAAGCACUCUGACCUUAGAGACUCCUGAGGUGGCUGCCAACGUAGAAACCUAUGACGAACCCUCUAGAAUUGCGGUGGAGGAGAGUAAGGAGGCUGAAGUUGCAGUUGAGACUUCUGAAGUUGCGAUGGACAUAGUUGCAGUGGAGACACAACAAGAAGUAGCUGAAGAGAAAAAGAAAAAGAAGAAAAGUAAAGGGAGGAAGGUUGGAGAGGCUGAAUCUUCUCAUCAUCGCAAAGAAAAGAAGAACAAAGAAAAGAAGGAUGAUGACGAAGAUGUGGAGGCUAAGAAGGAAAGGAAGAAGAAGGAGAAGGAAGAAAGAAGAAUGCGCCGACAUGAAGAAAGGCGCCUAAGAAAAGAAGAAGAAAAGAAGCAGAGGGCUGCAAGCUCGGAAAAGGAUGGAGAAUCAACCUCCGUGAGGAAGGAUAAGGGGGAAACGACACAAGGACAUCCAGUAGAAGUCUACCCAUGGAAUCAACAAGCCGUAUAUUCUAUCUACGAUGAAUCGUUUGGCAACAUCUACAACCCUGGUUGGUAG